AUGCUUAUGACAUUCAACAUUUUUUAUGACACAAUUGUUAAAGAACAAGUCUUGGUUAUUCAAAAACGACAGGAUGGUUCUACCGACUUUUAUAAGACUUGGACAGAUUACAAGAAAGGAUUUGGAGACCCAUCCAAAAACUACUGGAUUGGAAAUGAUGCAAUUCACUCUUUAACAAAGACAAGUCAGGAACUACGAGUGGAGCUGUUGAGUUUUGCUGGUGAGAAAGCGUUCGCCCUGUACUCUGCAUUUAAAAUUGGAGAUGAGAGCAGCAAAUAUCGGCUUACAGUGUCAGGAUAUUCAGGAACGGCGGGAGACUUCUUAAAGUACCACAAUGGCAUGAAGUUCACGACACAGGAUCACGAUAAUGACGAGUGGAACAGUAACUGUGCUGUAAGGGGUCACGGAGCAUGGUGGUUCAAGUCCUGUGAUCACUCCAAUCUGAACGGGAAAUACGCCAACUGGGGUGGUGGGAAAUUUGCUGCAGCGUUAAAAGGGACAAUGAUGCUGAUCAGACCUAAGAGUUAGCAUCAAUAUACACCGUGUUUAACACAUCUGAUCAGACCCAAGAUCCAAGAUUGGUUGAUUGUAUCUUGUUUAUCGUCCUCUCGAGAAUGUUUCACUCACAUGGAGACGGCACCAAGACCGGUGAAGGGCUUCAAAUUUAGGCAUAUAUUCGAUGCUUACGGCCAUUGAACAGUGGGGGUUCUUUAGCGUGCCACACCUACUGUGACACAGGACAAUCGUUUUUAAGGUCAUCUCCGAGGACCCGUAACAUUCACGCCUGGUGCCGAGCGUUUGGUGUCAGAUGGAACUGUCACUACCUGUUUUAACGACUUAGGUCUGUCGCGGCCUGAAUUCGAACCCUGACCUUCCGCAUGCGGGGCGAACACUACCUCUAGACCUCUAGACCACCGCGGUGGUGUUCAGUCCCAAGAGUUAUCAUCAAUUAAUACAACCAUGUUCUGUAUAUACUUAUUUUACAUCAGAUAUCUACAUGUAUCUAUGAUGAAGAGAGAAUAGUAACAGGCGGUUCAUAAAUAUCAAUCAAAUUGUCAGGCAUUUUUACAAUCUAAUUUUUUAUUGAGUUGUGAACAGUGGCACUUUGUGUAUGAUGAUUGAAUUGUGUUCUGUUUAUUAGUAUAAGUCACUGAUUAUUAAACUCUGACAAAUGAUCAUCAUAUUCUAAGUAAUAUAUGAUCUGCAUGUAUUAUUUUGAUCUCCACGUGAAUGUUAGUGGUAUACGAUUAAUUGACAUGAAAAAUUCGUGUACAUAUUGUAAAUAUGCAUAUCUUGAAUAGCUUCUUAAAUAAAAUGUAUAUGACCAU